AUGAAGUCACUAUUAGUGUAUGGUGCAAACUUUAGUGGAUGGUUGGACCAUGCCUCAUUGAGCCUUGAUUUGAAAGUGUUAAUAGAUGAACAUGAUACUGCUUUACUAGGAAGUACAUUCCAAAGCACUGUUGUUCAGAUCAGAAAAAGUCUACUUAUUCGUUGUUCUCCCCGAAACUUAGAAAUACCGGGUUUGUGUCGGGCAGGGGAUAGUUUCGCUGAAAAUAAAGUUGGAAAAAUGGAAAGAAAUGGAGAGUUUAAUAUGGUGAAAAGAAGAACUUUAAAAAGAACCAACAAAGACAGUUUUGUUGAAGGGCUCCGGCCGUCAGCUGGCAAAGAAAGUAACCAAAAGUUUUUUGAUACCAGAGACUUAGUUGUUAUAUAUAAUCGUGUACCUAAGACAGGUAGCACGUCGUUCACGAACAUUGCGUAUGACUUAUGCGGAGAGAAUGAAUUUAAUGUGCUACACAUAAACACAACGAAAAACAUGCACGUAAUGGCCUUAUCAGAUCAGAUGCGGUUUGUAGUAAACAUAACAAAUUGGACAGUACGGAAACCUGCUUUUUAUCAUGGCCACCUGGGCUUUAUAGAUUUUACAAGAUUUGGUAGUAUACAGCAGCCUGUUUACAUCAACAUCGUACGCCAGCCUCUAGAGCGACUCAUCUCAUAUUUCUACUUUCUAAGAUAUGGCGACGAUUAUCGUCCAAACAUGCGUCGUACCAAGCAGGGCGAUAAAAUGACAUUUGAUGAAUGUGUUAAGAAAGAGAUGCCAGAGUGUCUUCCUGAGAAGCUUUGGAUGCAGAUCCCGUUUUUUUGUGGUCAUUUCCAAGAGUGUUGGAAUCCUGGGAGUGAAUGGGCUCUGCAGCAAGCCAAGUACAAUCUUGUAACUAAUUACUUAGUGGUGGGUUUGACGGAGGAGAUGGAUGACUUCAUUGCUGUGCUUGAGUCUACCCUACCGUCCAUGUUUACAGGUGCUAUUAAACUCUAUCAGCAUGGCAAGCGUUCCCACCUUCGCAAAACAAGUACCAAGAUAGAACCGUCAGCGGCAACAGUUGCCAAGAUAAAGAACUCUGUAGUAUGGAAAAUGGAGGAUGAAUUUUACAACUUUGCCAGAACUAUUUUCCACGACGUCAAAAGGAGAACACUACAAGUUAGAAACGGAGAAUAUAUAAACGUCCCACAACGAUUUACAUUUGAGAAGAUUCGUCCAAAACAACCACUGAAAAAAUGAACAGACAUAAAGGGGUUAUGCUUUGCUGGGCUAGUGAGAAUGAUUUCUGGGUAAUGAUUCAUACACAUAUAGUGCCUGCCUUGGGCUAGCUGAAUCUGGGUUCCCACUUUCUCUGGAUUGCAUUGUCAAAAUUAAUACCUAUAGUGUUUAAAGUGAUACUAAGUUUGACAUUUGAAAAAUGGAACAGUGUAAAGUUAAAAGGAAUGAACCUUGUAAGUUACGAACACAGCUUCACUGUAAACUUAAAUUUUCUUAUAACAUUUAUUCAGGAACCAGAACCUUUGACAUGUAAAGUACGGUAACCAAUUACUAGCCCAGGACUUGUGAAUCAAUAAUGUCGUGUCUGGAUGAAUCAAACUUGCCACAGAAUCUCAACUGAAUUUUUUUUAUUAUUAUUAUUUGUACAUUUUUGGAAA